AUGAGCAGCUCCAAUCGUUUCCAUGUUUUCCUAUUGACCCUCUCUGUGCUUGUCUACAGCGUCUUUUCUAAUGAUACGAACUUUACACUGACUAUGAACUCGGUGGAUGAGGAUUUCUGCGACUCUACAAAGCAGUUAAGCGGUUAUUUCAAGAUCACUGGUUCCAAGUCAAAGAAUUAUUUCUAUUGGUUCUUUGAAUCUCGUGGCUCUCCUUCGACUGAUCCUUUGAUCAUUUGGCUCACGGGUGGUCCGGGAUGUAGCUCGAUCUUGGCGUUACUUCAAGAGAAUGGACCCUGUUCCGUCAAUGACGAUCUGUCACUUAAGCGGAACCCCUUUUCAUGGACAGAACGGGCCAAUGUCAUGUGGAUUGAUCAGCCAAUCGGCGUUGGCUUUAGUUACGGAGACGUGAGUGAAUAUGACACUACGGAGAAGGAAGUGGGGGACGAUAUGUAUCACUUUCUACAGGAAUUCUUUCAAGCGAAACCCGAGUACAAGGACCAACCUUUCUAUGUCUUUGGAGAGAGUUAUGCAGGUCAUUAUGUACCGGCCAUUGCACACCGGAUCUUUGCAGGCAAUCAACUUGAAGAGGGAAAAGUGCACAUUAAUCUACAAGGUUUUGGCAUUGGUAAUGGACUUACAGACCCACAAGUACAGUACAAAUACUACCCGGACAUGGCCUACAAUAACACGUACGGCAUUAAAGCUGUGUCAUAUCCUGUCUAUCUGGCAAUGAAAGCAGCUGUAUCGCCAUGUAUAGCGAUGAUUUCCAGCUGUCAGUCGACGAAAGUUGCGUGUCUAGCGGCACAGACUUUCUGUAAUGCGGCGCUGGUGGCACCGUACUCGGCGUCGGGGUUAAAUGUGUAUGAUAUUCGUGCCAAGUGUGAACAUUUUCCCAUGUGCUAUGACUUUAGUCAUGUGGAAAAGUUCUUGAGGCUUGAAAAUACGUUGAAAAAGUUGCAUGUGAGUCCAAAGAGCUCAGAGUGGCAGAGCUGCAACAUGGCUGUCCAUGCAGGCUUUUCGUUUGAUUGGAUGAAGAAUUUUCAACAGCUUGUGCCGCCAAUGCUUGAGGCGGGCAUUCGAGGCUUGGUAUAUGCAGGUGACGCUGAUUUCAUUGUCAACUGGAUGGGCUGCAAGGCCUGGACGCUGGAGCUGCCGUGGAGCAAGCACGACGAGUUCCUGGCUGCUGCGGAUAAGGACUGGGUUGUGGAUGGCAAGAAGGCUGGCAGGAUUCGUCAAGUCGGAUCCUUUACUUUUCAGCAAGUGUACGAGGCUGGCCACAUGGUUCCUCUCGAUAAACCCAAGAAUGCUCUGGCAAUGCUCAAGGCUUUUACGUUGCCUGAGGAGCAGAACGACGAUUGCGAACAGGUUGCGGACGAAGAGGAGAAAGAGGAGCAAGAGUUGUUGGACAUGGAGGUUAUGGUCAAGGACGAAAGCGUCAUAAGCAUCAUGUAA